UAAUUAAAUUGAAAUUAAUACAUAUACGUGAUGCUUCAUGGGUUGGAUGUCGCUUGGUACAGAAACGACAUCUAGAUAAUAAAGAGGUUGAAGAUAAAUUUUCUCGCAAUAACAUGUUUCUAACCUAGUUCGAUUAUAAUGUUAUGUAGAUAAAAAUGUUUUAAAAAAACAUAAAUUUUGUUAAUGCCAUAAACAUAAAGGUAUACAUUAUUAGUUACAGUAAAAUAAGAAAUUACAUUAUAAUAGAAAAUUAAUUUAACAUAAUGAUACGACCCUCAGUGGCACUUAGCAUCAAUACACUGACAGUAAGAAAUUUAAAUGCUUACGAUCAUAUAAUAUCCAAUGGACCCCAUAUUCAAUGUGUAAGGUGGAAGAGAAAACCAAUUUGGUUACCAACAGCAAAAUCAAAGUUGUUUAGAAUACCAAAUAGACCAGUUAUACCUAUAGAGGAAUAUAAUGAACUGAAACGUUUGCAUAAUAAUUACAAAACAUUAAUGAAAUCUAUAAUGUCUUUCUUUGUUGAGAAACAUAAGGAAGUACAAGUAUCUUUGGAUACGAGUGUUGUACAAAAAAAUAUGCAGAAAGAUUUUGAAAUAUGUUGUUCUAUAAAUGAUAAAUGGAAUAAAGAAGUGGCUAUGAUACGAGAGGAAAGAUUAGCUCGAGAAGGGAAAGCUCGCCAAGAAGAAAUUGCCAGAAGACUACAAGCAAAAGAGAGAGAGAGAGAGAGAGAGAGAGAGAGAGAGAAAAGACCUAGGGGGAUCGCGCAUCUGUUAGGAUUUCCAGGUUUCAUUGGACAAUCGAAAGAAGAUAAGCCGAUCGGUCAACUAUGUAGAUGAAUUUUUAUUAGAUUAGAAAGCGUUUCUCGUAAAACCAUAUAUUAAUAGAGGAAUACUUAUCGGAUGUGGUUUUAGCGGUUAGGAGUUAAUCUUGUUUGCGUGAGAUCGUGAAUGUAUUUGUGAGGAAAAUAAGAAUAAUGUUUCUCUUAUGUACAUAUAUAUCUAAAACAAUCGGAUCCUCAUUACGCUGGACAAUCAAUUCCCUACGGCGUGAAGCACGUGAUCGGUGUUACUCGAAAGCUUUUACGAGAUACAACGAUAUUCCAUGUAAAGCUGUAAAAUAUAAUAUAUUAUAUUGCAAA